AUGUUGUUUGCAGGUUGGAUUUCACAACUGAAAGAAAAGUCAUAUGACAUUAGCCUGAAGGAGGACAUCCUUGACGAGGAAGAAGCAGAGUUUUGGAGAGACCUCCAGGAGCGAUACCUGAAGCCUCUUGAUGAGGAUAAAGGGAAGCAGAAGAAAAUCAGCACAGACCUGAAGGAUCUGCGGAAUAAGGCGACCUUUGUUUACUUCUUCUGCAACGCUCUGUGUCUGGCCGCCACCUUCUUCCUGCAGGAAAUCGGCCUGGCUGUCAACAUAAAGCUCCCAAAAACCAACUCCACUGGGUUCCUUGUCCCUGACAAGUAUAUUUACGUUGACCCAACUGGGUUAAUGUUUCUCCUCAGCUUCGCCUCCUUGAUAGUGAUACAGUUCUUGGCGAUGCUCUGGCACAGAAUUGGCACACUGAUGCACUACAUGGCUUACAAUGAAACAGCAUCCAAAGAGCGGAGGGCUUUCAAAAAGAGCAUGCAGGACACCAGCUUUGAGAAGAACUUCCUGUAGCCCCUCAUCACUCUGGAUAAGGUUCUGGUGAAGUCCAACUCAUCACUGGAAAGCCUGCUUCGAAUGAUAACUAAGAUUGUUGUUUUAAAAUGUAAAUGGGAAUGGUGAUGAUCUAGUAUACUUGUCUUUUGUAUGUGUUUUUGUUUCAAAUACAAAUAAACGCAUGAGCAAGU